CGGAGCCCGAGCGCGGCCGCCGCCUGCCGGGCCUCCCCUCGCCGCGGCCGGCCGCCGCGCUCCCGCCCGGGCGCCCAGCUAUGUACUCCCCGUACUGCCUCACCCAGGAUGAGUUCCACCCGUUCAUCGAGGCGCUGCUGCCUCACGUCCGCGCCUUCUCCUACACCUGGUUCAACCUGCAGGCGCGGAAGCGCAAGUACUUCAAGAAGCACGAGAAGCGGAUGUCGAAGGACGAGGAGCGGGCGGUGAAGGACGAGCUGCUGGGCGAGAAGCCCGAGAUCAAGCAGAAGUGGGCAUCCCGGCUGCUGGCCAAGCUGCGCAAAGACAUCCGGCCUGAGUUCCGAGAGGACUUUGUGCUGACCAUCACGGGCAAGAAGCCCCCCUGCUGCGUGCUCUCCAACCCCGACCAGAAGGGCAAGAUCCGGCGGAUUGACUGCCUGCGCCAGGCCGACAAGGUGUGGCGGCUGGACCUGGUCAUGGUGAUUUUGUUUAAGGGGAUCCCCCUGGAAAGUACUGAUGGGGAGCGGCUCUACAAGUCGCCCCAGUGCUCGAACCCCGGCCUCUGCGUCCAGCCACAUCACAUUGGAGUCACAAUCAAAGAACUGGAUCUUUAUCUGGCUUACUUUGUCCACACUCCAGAAUCCGGACAAUCAGAUAGUUCAAACCAGCAAGGAGAUGCGGACAUCAAACCACUGCCCAACGGGCACUUAAGUUUCCAGGACUGUUUUGUGACUUCCGGGGUCUGGAAUGUGACGGAGCUGGUGAGAGUAUCACAGACUCCUGUUGCGACAGCAUCAGGGCCCAACUUCUCACUGGCAGACCUGGAGAGUCCCAGCUACUACAACAUAAACCAGGUGACCCUGGGGCGGCGGUCCAUCACCUCCCCUCCUUCCACCAGCACCACCAAGCGCCCCAAGUCCAUCGAUGACAGCGAGAUGGAGAGCCCUGUGGAUGAUGUCUUCUAUCCUGGUACAGGCCGCUCCCCAGCAGCCGGCAGCAGCCAGUCCAGUGGGUGGCCCAACGAUGUGGAUGCAGGCCCGGCUUCUCUAAAGAAGUCAGGAAAGCUGGACUUCUGCAGUGCCCUCUCCUCUCAGGGCAGCUCCCCGCGCAUGGCUUUCACUCACCACCCGCUGCCUGUGCUUGCUGGAGUCAGACCAGGGAGUCCCCGGGCCACAGCAUCAGCGCUGCACUUCCCCUCCACAUCCAUCAUCCAGCAGUCGAGCCCGUACUUCACGCACCCGACCAUCCGCUACCACCACCACCACGGGCAGGACUCGCUGAAGGAGUUUGUGCAGUUCGUGUGCUCGGACGGCUCGGGCCAGGCCGCCGGACAGCCCAACGGUAGCGGCCAGGGCAAAGUCCCGGGGUCAUUUUUGCUACCGCCGCCGCCUCCAGUGGCCAGACCUGUGCCCCUUCCUAUGCCUGAUUCCAAAUCCACCAGCACUGCCCCAGACGGCGCCGCCUUGACUCCUCCAUCACCUUCAUUCGCAACGACAGGCGCCUCCUCUGCCAACCGGUUUGUCAGCAUCGGACCCCGGGACGGCAACUUUCUGAACAUCCCACAGCAGUCUCAGUCCUGGUUCCUCUGAUAAGAUCGACAAAAAGAAAUGACAAAAUGUAAAGAAGAGGUUCCUCAAACGGGGGGAGAAGAAAUUUUGAGACGUGGAAAAAUCCCCCGGCCCAGCCCCACCGAAAAGCAAAAAUUAGACGUCGUCAGCCACUCAGCCCUUGUCUCCUCCAGCCCGGGGAGCUCUGCAGGCCCCCAGAAGCAGCCCAGUUCUCGGAGAGCCCUCGGAAGAGGUCUCGGUGGAGCUGUGCACCAGCAGCCAAGCAGAAGGAAACCUGCAAACGGACUCUGUUAAAGUAGAGGACAGCAAGAAAGGAAGGAUGCAGCAGAACUGCCUUUCUCCCCACCCUACCCUGCCCCGUCCUUCCGGGGAAGGAACGAAAUCAACCCAACAAAGCGACCAGCACAGUUCUAAAGGGGCCUGUCCUCCACCCUCACCCUUCCUAGGGGAACCCCAUCCCCAACUCGGGCCGGAGCUUCACUAGGGAGCUCGGAGGACAAGCUUGUACAAAUGAUGGGGUGCAGAUCCAGAGGGUUCUCCCUCCAGACUCCGCCCCCUCCCUGCCUGUCUCUCGCCCCCCCCCCCCCCCCGCCCCCCAGCCCCCACUGCCUUGGCCUCUGGCUUCUUCCCCCAGCUGCUCUGGACUAGGUGAGGCCCGUGGCUUCCAGGUCUGCCUGCCCUACCUUCGGGCUAGAAGCUCCCCCACCCCGCCCUGGGAAGGGGUGGGGGCAGGGAGCGGCCCCUGGAGCUAGUUUCUUGCUCCUGGAAUGGAGGGUGUUCUGUCACCCCACCCUGAGCUUCGAGGGUAGUUUCAGGGCCCCAGACCCCUCUGUACAGUCCAUAGGAAAGAGUCGGAAUGCUACGACAGCCCGUCCCAGCCUGGGACAGGCCCCCUCUUCCCUCUCUCCGCAGGCCGGGAAAAUCACUCUCUGGCCGCGCCACGAGUGAGGGGAGGCGGGCCCCAGGUCGCCCCCACACCCCAGCCCCGCAUGCAGGUGCCCUCGCUCUGCCCCACCGGCCCCUGCCCCUGCCCCUCACACAGACAGCCCUGCUGUGGCCGGGCCGGAGAGUGGAGCAGAAAGGGGACCCCGGAGCCGAGCGAGGAGGACGAGGCAGCCGCCGCUGCCACUGGCUAAGCGCCACCUGCGCUAGGUAGGCGUCCUGCUCGCCGACUUUCAGUCCUUUGGAGGGUGUUGGGUGUUGUCCUUUUUCAAAAGUGUUUUGGAGCUUUCUCUGUCCCCCCCCCCCCCCACUUUCUCCACCACAUGGGCCUCCUGGCCACUUCUCUCUGGAUUUCAGCUGUAAUGUCUUUACUCUUUAUUUAGGGGUGGGGCAUUCAUUUGUUUGGGUCUUUUGCUGUUGCAAUUGGGAACUCCUCCUCCAUUUGAGCAACUUGGGAACAAUUUGGUAACACACCACAGGAAGUAGCUCUCUCCCCCCCCCUCCCCCUGCAGCCCCUUCCUCCCCUCCACGGGAUGGUUGGGGGCCAGUCCAGAGGGUCUUCCGAAGCCCCCUGGGAGGGAGGGAAGCAAGAGCAUGCCCAGCCCCCCUCCAGGGUGUGACUUGGCCCCUCUGGCUUGUCUUUCUGUGCCUUACUCCCUCCUCCCUGCAUCUCCCUUCCUAGGCCCCCUUCUCAAGUCCUUGUGCCUCUCUCUCUCUUUCUUAACUGUAUGAAAACACAAAGCACAGGUCAGGAUCCUCUGAAAGUCAGUCAACCCAACAUUGCACCGUAGGGGUGGGGUGUGGGCUUUAUUUAUUGUGACUCUAGUUUGUGAGGCUGUGGCCCCAGCAGGGAGGGAGGAAGGAGGGGAGGGAGCUGGCAGGGGAGGCGAGGAGGGCCCUGACCUGGGGCAGAAGGGGCCAGCGAGGGGUGCCUCCUCCUCAACUGGAAGCCACAAGGUGGCUGGCCCCGUGAGUGGCUUUUGUUGGAAGUUGAGCGAAGGCCCUCCCCCAUCCGCGUGCAGCCCUCGGGGAAGACCGGGACUGAGAAACAGGGGACAGGGGAUCCCGCGGGAGCCUGGG